CCGGCCGGCAACGACGAGCCCCACACGACUACAAGCACGUACCAUUACAUACGGAUACAGGUAAUGUAAAGAUACAUACCGAACCCAACGGGACAUUGCUUCUUGGCAUUUUUGAUCCCCUCAAGAUGCAAAACACCAGAUGAUCGACUGUUAUGACAAGGGCAUUCAUCCUUCGUAUUAAUCCCUGAGAACAUCCGGCAGUUGCUGUCGGGAUUGAGACACUGAACAUCCCAUGGGACCCUGGACGUAAAGUCACCUGAUGAAAGAGACUGCAUUCACAACGCGACCCAUGUCCGGACGAACGCGGUUACGCGACACGUCGUCAAACUCUACUGACCCGGGGAUUUGGUCGAAGAUGAGGCCGAAACGGCGACGCGCCCCAACAAGUCCCCUCGAGCUUGCGAGCCGCAAGACUGAUGAGGAGUUCAUCAAUGAUUACCUACAACCGAGCAGCUCUGAGAAAUCCCCUUGGGUGUCCGCCUGGACGCAUCCACGCACAGGCACCGAGUACAGCAUCAGCUUGGUACAAGCCAGUAGGGUCUCAGAAGACGACUUCGCGGUUUGCUUCCGUUUGAUCGAGGAGACAAGCCGGAAAGACUACGAAAAUUCAUCCUGGAGAUGGCAUCCCGAGAAAAAGCUCAAGGAGAUGAGGUCUCCUGACUUGCGUUAUGUUCUUGUCAAGGAGAAGGACACCGGGCUCGUCCGUGGUUUCACUUCACUGAUGCCGACCUACGAAGAGGGCCAGCCGGUCAUCUACUGCUACGAAAUCCAUCUCCAAUCGGAACUCCGGGGGACCGGGCUGGGUGCCUUGCUCAUGGCAAUCCAUUCGACCGUUGGCGCAAACCUGCCGCCGGUGACUAAAGUCAUGCUGACAUGCUUCUUGUCGAAUCAGCGCGGGCUUGCCUUCUACAAAAGGCUAGGUUUCGAAAAGGAUGACAUCUCCCCCGGCCCAAGGAAACUCCGGCAUGGGAAGAUCUUCACCCCGGACUAUGUCAUCAUGAGCAAGCCUGUGCGCUCAGACAUGGUGCAGUCUGUUUCUGAGAGUUGAGCGAUACAUCAAACCCGCCCCGACGCCUCAUCAAUUCCUGAGACGCCGCAAGCUCAACGCGAAGUAACAGAAACUUGGGAACACGAGACACGACCCAGAUGGCCCAGGGGCCUUGCUGAAAGCUCAGGACCUUCCCAUGGCAGUGG